AUGGCCACCGACAACCACCCAGGACCCCCAACGGCCGCCUGGGGCCCCCUAUGGCCGCCCAGGACCCCCGAUGGCCGCCUAGACGCCGACGGCCGCCUCGGGCCCCCAACGGCCGCCCAGGAACUCCGACGGCCACUCAGGAACCCCGACGGCCGCCCAGGGCCCCCGACGGCCGCCCAGGACCCCCAACGGCCGCCCAGGAACCCCGACGGCCACUCAGGAACCCCGACGGCCAACCAGGGCCCCCAACGGCCAACCAGGGCCCCAGACAACCGCCCAGGGUCUUCUUUGACCGCCCAGGGCCCCAGACGACUGCCCAGGGACCCCGGUGACCGCCCAGGGCCCCUGACAGCCGCCCAGGGCCUCCAACAACCACCCAGGGCCCCAGACGACUGCCCAGGGACCCCGGUUACCGCCCAGGGCUCCCGACAGCCGCCCAGGGCGCCCAAUGACUGCCCAGGGCCCCCCACGACCACCCAGGGCUACCGUGAUUCUGUCUUCACCAAGCACCUAACAGAACCCAGUGAGGAGCCGGUCGCUGCAUCCAGGAGUUCUGAAGCAGGGUCUUCUGUGGCCGCCCAGGGCCCCAGACGACUGCCCAGGGACCCUGGUGACCACCCAGGACCCCUGACAGCCUCUCAGGGCCCCGACGGCCGCCCAGGACCCCCAACGGCCGCCCAGGAACCCCGACGGCCACUCAGGAACCCCGACGGCCGCCCAGGGCCCCCGACGGCCAACCAGGGCCCCAGACAACCGCCCAGGACCCCCAACGGCCGCCUCGGGCCCCCGACGGCCACUCAGGACCCCCAACGGCCGCCUCGGGCCCCCGACGGCCGCCCAGGACCCCCAACGGCCGCCCAGGACCCCAACGGCCGCCCAGGAACCCCGACGGCCACUCAGGAACCCCGACGGCCGCCCAGGGCCCCCGACGGCCAACCAGGGCCCCAGACAACCGCCCAGGGCCCCAGACGACUGCCCAGGGACCCCGGUGACCGCCCAGGGCCCCUGACAGCCGCCCAGGGCCUCCAACAACCACCCAGGGCCCCAGACGACUGCCCAGGGACCCCGGUUACCGCCCAGGGCUCCCGACAGCCGCCCAGGGCGCCCAAUGACUGCCCAGGGCCCCCCACGACCACCCAGGGCUACCGGGCCCCAGACGACUGCCCAGGGACCCUGGUUAUCGCCCAGGGCUCCCGACAGCCGCCCAGGGCGCCCAAUGACUGCCCAGGGCCCCCCACGACCACCCAGGGCUACCGGACGCCGACGGCCGCCUCGGGCCCCCGACGGCCGCCCAGGACGCCGAUGGCCGCCUCGGGCCCCCGACGGCCGCCCAGGACCCCCAACGGCCGCCAAGGCCCCUCAACGCCUGCACAGGAACCCCAACAGCCGCUCAGGAACCCCGACGGCCGCCCAGAGCCCCCGACGGCCAACUACGGGCCCCAGACGACUGCCCAAGGACCCCGGGACCCCGACGGCCGCUCAGGAACCCCGACGGCCAACUGGGGCCCCAGACAACCGCCCAGGCAACCUGGUGACCGCCAAGGGCCCCUGACAGCCACCCAGGGCCUCCAACAACCACCCAGGGCCCCAGACGACUGCCCAAGGACCCCGUGCCUCAUGGCCACCAACGACCGCCCAGGACCCCCAACGGCCGCCUGGGGCCCUCGACGGCCGCCCAGGGCCCCCAACGGCUGUCUGGGUCCCCCAACGGCCGCCCAGGACCCCCGAUGGCCGCCCAGGACCCCCGACGGCCACCCAGGGCAACCGAUGACUGCCCAGGGCCCUUGA